CGUCGUGUUGACGUCAAGCGAGCAGCCAAGCACUGUUCGCGUCGCGGGGUUUGUGCGUCAUACAGGGGCGCUAAGAUGGCUUCAGCGGCUUGGCUGCAUGGCCCCAACAUAACGCGCCUAACAGAAGGACUGGUGUCUGUCCUGAAGGAGGAUAGACCUGAAUAUCUACCUGCACUUCUAGCAAACUACCGUGAGCAUGGAGUGGUCGGGGCUCAGAGCACUGGAGCUGUGGGUGGUCUGGUGGGCAUCAGUAAUGCACGGCUCGGAUCCAGUAAGACCAGGUUCGAGGGUCUCUGUCUCCUGUCCGUGCUGGUGAAGGACAGUUCGAGUGAAGUGUUCCAGCAGCAUUGCCUUUCAUGGCUGCGAACUCUGCAGCAGGUCAUUCAGUCGCAGGCCCCGCUCCCCACUGUGCAGCUUGCUGUGAGUGUGCUGCUGGACCUGUUGCAGUACUCUUCCCAGCUGCCAGAGCUGGCCAGGGAGGUGGGGCUCAACUCCAUCCUGGGCAUCCUGACCUCCCUGCUUAGUCUCAAAUCUGAGUGCCACCUAGCUGCUAUGAAAGGAAUGACGGCGUGUAUGAUCUACUACCCACGGGCUUGCGGAUCUCUGAGGGAAAAGCUUGGAGCAUAUUUCCUGUCUAAGAUGGACUCGGAUAAUCCUAAAGUGCAAGAGAUGGCUUGUGAAUGUUAUGGCCGAUUGCCCUGUCUUGGUGGGGUGUUGGAAAGAGGGGGAGGAGGGCGCAGGGCUGAGGGCUGGACCAAUCAGCUGCACUGCCUUCUAGCAUCAGCCAACGGCAUGCUGGGACAGCUGUACCAGGGUGCAGAAACAGAAGGAACAGUGCAGUAUGAGGGUCCUGGUGUGGAACUGCCUUUCCCUCCCCUGGAUGACGUAGAUCCACUUCUGAUCCUUCAGCUCCAUCAUCGUUACAAGGCCGUUUGUCUGGCUAUUAAACACACUCUUAGUGCUGAUCCAGCAUCUUCAGUCCGUCUACCUGUUCAGCAUGUUCUCAAUUUUGUGUGUCGAGCCCUGGCAGUCAACACAAAGAGCAUUAGUCCAACAGGAGAGGGCUGUCUGAGGCUGAUGGUUUUACCCUCUAUACACAUUGACACUCUAGAGCUUCUCUCUGUUCUCAUCAAGGCUGUGGGUGGUGGACUGGUCCAGUAUAGCAGUGUGCUUACAAGGCUUUUCUCACAAUCUCUGUCUGCGUGGACACCUCUGCCUGAGGCUAGUCUGGGCCAGCAAAGAGCAUACAGUGCAGUGCGAGUGACUGUGUACCGUACCAUUGAACUGUGGGUAAGAGUAGGAGGUGCAUCUCUACUUCAGGCAAGCCCCUCCCACACAGAAUUACUUUUCACUCAUUUGAUGGGUGACAUCACGCCAGCAUCAGAAGCAGUCAAGCUUCGUUCUGGACAACAGUCACAGUCCAUAAAUGACCUGAUUGGUUCUGCUGGCAAGUCAGGUCCUCGUCGAACGAAAGGAUUGGGAAUGGGAGAUGGAAUAUCACUACAGAGGAAAGGAGAUGUGCUAGCCAAUCAAGACACGUGUGUUGCUGCUCUUCGGGCAUUAAGACAGAUCAUUUUGACCAGUGGAACUUUGUUGAAAGAAGAUCUGCAUAAGAGGAUCCAAGACCUGGUGGUGCCUCUGUGUAUGCGUCUGCAGCAGCAGUCUCAUUGUGUGCAGGAGGUUGGUGCUGUCAGUGGCCAGUAUGGCAGCCCCUCUCCUCGCCGAGAGCUCUACCGCCUCUUACUAGCACUUGUGCUGGUGCCCUCUCCUCGCUGGCCUCCUCCCCUCUCCUGCGCAGUGUCUGCCUUCAGCCACGGCCGGCGAGAUCACAACAUCAUGGUAUCGUCAUUCUGCGCUGAAGCUCUGACUAUAUGCAACACCCUUAUUCAUCCUCGCACACCUUCAAUCUCUCUCCCUCUCACCCCUCUAACUCUCAAAUCAACCCCAGUUGCCCCUGUCCUUGCCUCUGGCCAAAACCCCUCACUGUCCAUCCCUACCCUCCUUGGUGGACCUGCAACAGGGCCACCUUUCCCUGCCAGACAUCCCAUGGGCUUAGGUCCCGCUACCUUGCUUGGUUCUUUGGAGAACCAUCUACCUUUGGCUCCUCCGGUUCUUCCGACUCCAGCAGGCACUACAGCCACCCCAGGUGACCUGCUGCUCUCGCCAGCCCAACCGUGUGAACUGGCAGGUCUUGGAGCCCCUGAAGGUCAACGACAAGUUUUUGUCCGCUACGAUAAAGAGGAGCCGGAAGAUGUAGAGAUCUCUUUGGAGAGCGAUUCAGAUGAUAGCGUGGUCAUCAUGCCAGCAGGUAUGAUGAUGGAGAUGCAAGAUGGAGCGGCAAAUGCACAAUCAUUGUCCCAGUCAGCAGUUCCUGUAGUAGGUGGCCUGCAGCCUUCUGCCCCCAUAGUUGGUGAGGUUGGAGCAGUUGACACGUCGCUCCCUAAUGAGCUGCCCACCUCCAUUCCCCACCAGAUUCUACCAGCUAAUGCUAAUAACAUUAACUCUUUCCCUGGACCGAGCCAGACAGCCCAGCUUGUGUCUCUGGUGCCACCUCUGAACUCAACUACAGCUUCACUCUCAGCAUCACCUGCCGGACUUGCAGACUCGCUGACGGGUGGUCCGCAACUUCAGCAGAUGUUGAUGCAGACUUCUCCAGGUGGGCAGCCACCUACGUUGGGCUUGUCUUUACAGAUGCAGCUUCAGAACCAGAUUGCUCAGACCAGCCGUCAGCUCCAGCAGCAGCCACCAGCGAAUGAGGUGGACCAGAACGUCAUCAACAUCAACAGCUCAGAUGAUGAGGAAGAGGAGGAAGAGGAGCUGGAGGAGGAGGAUGAAUUAGGAGAGGAGGAAGAAGAGGAGGAGGGCCUGGAGGAUGAAGAGGAGGAAGAGGAAGGCAGUGACUUCAUUGAUGAUGAGUACUGUGAGGACGAGUUUGAAGAAUAUGAAGACGAAGAGGAUGAGGAUGAAGAGGAAAGUGAGGAGAUCCAGCCGUUGGAGGGAGACAAUGGCAGAGGGAUGAUGGGUGAGGAGGAGGCAGAGGUCAUGAUCGAGGCAGAGGAGCAGCAAGGGAUGGAAAUGUUCUGCAUGGAGAGAGAACAAGAAGUAGAACCAGGGAUCGAGGAGAUGGAGGGUGUGAGGAGUGUCUAUGCAGAUGAAAGAAUCAAGGAGAAGGGGACCGUAGAGGAAAUUGAGAACAUUGGAGCAGUUGAGAGAAAUGAACCUGUGGUUGGCAAGGAUCAAAUAGAGAGUCUUGUAAUCAGUGGAGAUGCAGAAGGCCAUGAAGAGGACACCAGAGUGGAGGCGGUUGAACCUGAAGUGAAAACAUGUGAGCAGGAAGUGGCAAAACCAGAAGAUCCUGAGGAAGAUGCUGGGCCGUCACAACAGGGUCAGGAAUUGAGUGUAGAAGAUGAAAUUCAAAAGCAAGAACCAGAAUUACAGCCCGAAGACACAACCAGUCAGAGUGCACCAUCGACGUCUGAGCAAGAGGUGUUACAGAGUGUAGCUGAGACAGCAGAAGAAGAGGUAGAGAAAGAGAGCGGUGAACAGGGAGAGGAUUCAGAAGUAAGGGGAACAAAGAGGAAAAUGGAGGAUCGUGAGGAAGGAGAGUCUUCUGAGCAAGGCACCGAAAAGAAAAAGAUGGAUGAGGCAAUGGCUUCUAUGCUGGCUGACUUUGUUGACUGCCCACCAGACGAUGACGAUCGCGGAGCCUCACACUCCUAACAUGACCAAACUUCUCAUUCACUCAACUGUCACAUCAAAGGAGCUUUCCAAUGAAUAGUCAGAACCUGAAAGGUCACAUUUGACUGAUACUGUUGCCUCAAACUCUGCUGUAGUUGCACUAGAACAGCUCCAAAUCGGUUUCUUUGAUGAAAGGGUUUUAGGCUUUCAUGUUAAAAGAAACACCAAUACCAUUGAUAAUGUUCAACCGUUCAUAAGUUGAGAAUAAUAAACUUUUAAGUGGUCAUGAUUGGUAUUUUUCUUUUUCUGGCAGCUCAAUACAAGUAUGAUGACACAGUAGUCACAAGUAUUCAAAAGUUCUUUUAUCAGUUGAAAAGUAUGAUUAAUGUUGUGUUUUGUGGUCUCUUUUUUUUUGUAUUAUUUGUAUAUGUAACACAUACUUGCCAUUGUGUUUAAAAAAUCAUGCAAUAAAGAGGAUCUGCUAUGGCA